GAACCGUCGUCACUGGUGUAUCGUUUGGACCGGUAUACCGAGUUACCGGUCGCGCCGAGUGUGGUUUUGAAUCAUCAUAAUAUACAAGAAUUAUUAUUAUUGUUACUGUCAUCUUAGUUUGGAAUACUGACACAAAACCUUCAACAAUACUGUGCCAGAAAAAAAAAUAAACAAAAUCGAAAAUACUUAAACUAAUAUGCUCAAAAAUUAAUUACCAGCGCAUGCUGCCGGACGACUAUCAUGUUGUGCACCGACGUGUCGUCCAACAGGCUGAGGUAUAACAACACGUUGAUGGCGAACCUGCGCAGCCUGAACCUGACGCAGGAAGAUCUGCAGUACCUGAUCAACAUCACGUCGUUCGUCCCGGACGACCCGGACGGGUCGCCGAACCUCCACCACCAGACGGACGCCGGUUGCUACAACUGCGGCGGCGCCGUGAAGAGCUACUCCCUGCUGUUCCGGGCUGUGCACGGCUACGUCAGCCUGUUCCUGUGCUUGUUCGGCGCACUGGCCAACGCGCUCAACAUCGCGGUGCUGACGCGCAAGGACCUGGCCGGUUCGCCGAUCAACCGGAUUCUGUGCGGGCUGGCCCUGGCCGACCUGGCCCUGAUGGUCGAGUACACGCCGUUCACGUGCUACAUGUACUUGACCACCGCCAAGAAGGAGGAGUUCUCGCACGUGGGCGCCGUGUACGUGUUGCUGCACACGUACGUGUCCCAGGUGUUGCACACCACGUCCAUAGCGCUCACGCUCGUCCUGGCCAUGUGGAGAUAUGUCGUCGUCAAAUUACCCAACUCUAUGCACACUAUAUGCUCCGACCGACGAUGUACUAUAGCCAUCAAGUUAUCGUACCUAUUGCCGUUCAUUAUUUGCAGUCCAACGUUUCUAGUAUUCGAAAUACUGGAAACAAAAGUCGUCGAAAACGGCACUGUGGCCACUCUGUACCAUUUGGGCUUGAGCACAAUAGCAAGGGUGAAUCAUGAACUAUUGUACAUGAUACAUCUAUGGACAUAUGCUGUGAUCAUCAAACUACUGCCUUGCCUAAUACUUACCGUCGUUACCAUAUCUCUGAUAAACGCGUUGAGUGAAGCAUCUGAAAGAAAAGCAAAACGACUUCCGACCCAGCAACAAAUGGCUCGUAUAAGGAAUAUGAAACUCAAGAAAAGGAUGGACCGAACAAGCCGUAUAAUGAUUGCAGUAUUGUUAUUAUUUCUUGCGACAGAAUUCCCGCAAGGAAUACUGGGUCUAUUAAGCGGCAUACUGGGAAGGGGCUUUUUUCGAACUUGUUACAAUUUAUUUGGCGAACUUAUGGAUAUGUUGGCUCUCUUGAAUGCAUCGUUAAACUUUGUAUUUUAUUGCUGCAUGAGCAAACAGUUUCGUGUAGCGUUUGGACAAUUAUUCAAAACCCAGCCUAGCAUUAUGUUUAAGCCCAGCAAUAUUUUGGAGACAUUCGUAUAGGAUUUGGGGGAGGGUUAGGACAGGCGGAUUGAAACCGUGAAAAUUAACCGAAUAUUGUCGAUAUGUCUGCUAUUUAAUCCUGAUGGAAAUUACGGGUAAGUUAAUUUAUUUAAUAGUUAUUAAAUAUGUUCAAACAUAAACGUUUAACCCAAUUAUAAUCACCAACCAAGUCAAUAGCUUUUAUAAUAUAAGCUUAAGUUGCUCAAUAGUAAUAUAAUAUAAUAUAGUACCUACCAUAAAUAAAUUAUCUUAUAUAUAUAUGACGAGAUGUCAUAUUUUUUACUAUAAUUAUUAAUUAAAUUAAUUUUCUUGAUUUUUACACUAAUUAUAAUUUUCAUAAUAAUAUAUUUGGGUGUGUUUUUUUAUAGAUAAAUAUAUCGUUGACUCAUAUAAAUUAGACUGCAUUGA